AGCAUUAUCUUUUGAAAUAGUUAUAAAAGUUAUUACUUUUAUUGGAAAUUAUGCUAAACAAAAUGGUUUUCCUUUUCCAGCAAGUAUUACUUAUUCAUCUUUACAUAUUCAAUAUUUGGAAGCUAUUGGUAAAGAUCAUCAAUUUAAAGUUGGACUAACAAUAUUUUAUAAAAUUUGGAAAAAAUUUUUAUCACACAUUAAAAAAUUAACUCCACAUAGUGAUUUAUGUUUAAAAUGUAAAGAUAUAAGAUUUAAUGCAAAUUAUUGGUCUAUUAAAGAAAAAGAUAUUAAAGUCUUAGAAUGGCAUAAACAUAUUGAAUAG